AUGAAUAGCAUAGCAUGCAACAACGGCAUCGCCCGCCGAGUCGAACUCGAACGCCUGCAACGCCUGCAACGCCUGCGCACGGUCGAAGCGGAAGUGCGGUCGGCAGAGGCCCUCGUGCGCUCGAUGCGCGGACAAGGGCGUGUCCUGCGUCUAUCCGCAGCCAAGCAGGGCACAUGCUGCUCCUUCGUCACGGCCAGCAAGGUUGAAGCACUUGCAGGCGACCUCAUGCUAGUGGACUUCCCACUCAUACACAAUGGCUUUGCUUCCUCGCCGCUCAUUCCAAUGCCAAGUACACCAGCAAAAACAGCAUGGUUCCUUGCCCCCGAGACGUGGAAGAUAUCCUAUCGACCCGACGUAGCCACAUCAGCCGAUGUAGGCGUCACCACCGCAAUGAUGAAGUGGUACAUCGCAACCCUGCAGUCCUGGUUCAAGCGCUGGAUCACAGCCGGCAGCAACCCCUUCAUCCACACCCGUCUGUACAGCGUCAGCUUUCCGGCGUCCGUGCAGAUCGCCUACGCCACGCUGGCAAGCUACAUCCACCGCACGCCGGCGAACACGGAAACCAUCCUCCAGAUCGUAGAGGAUCGGUCGAAUGCUCUGUUGCACGAGAACGGGGUCGCGCUGGAGUUGAAUGAUGGAGGGGAGGAGUGGGUGGCCAUGGACAUGGACAGGGGAGACCGGGAUAAAGACAUCGAGCUGGACCUCGUCGCCCAACUCGCAAGGCUGCACGCCCUCAUAACCUACCAGAUCAUCGGCCUUUUGGACGGCGACAUCCGCGCCCGGUACGUCGCGCAGGGCCACAUAGCCGUGCAGGAGAGAUGGGCCCAUACACUCCUCCACGCGGCUGCAAGGGCAUUCUCAAGCGAUAACCUCGACACAGUCCCAAUCCAGCCGGCUACUUCUACCUACCACUCGUCAUCCCCCCAGCAAGACUGGCACCUCUGGAUCCUCGCCGAGAGCAUCCGACGCACCUGGCUUGUAGCAAUGAGCCUCUCGCGCGUCUUCGCCGCGCUGCAGCAGCGCUGGGCGACGUGCCCGGGGUCCAUCAUGUACACGAACCGCGCUGGGCUCUGGGAUGCAGAGAGCGCGCUUGAGUGGGAGGAGUGCGUGGGCUUGGGAGGGAUGGCUCUGCAGCGCUUUGAGUGUGCUUCGCUGCUUGGUAUGGGGCCUGGGGGUGUUGAUGAGUUUGGGAUGGCGAUGUUGGGUAUGGCGGUUAGGGGGGAGGUGUUGGAGGGGUGGAGGGUGGAUGGAGGGAGGUAG